GCAAUUCUUAUGAAUAUGUAUGUGCUACUUGAUAAUAAUGAAUGUGGUACAGCCAUGCAUGCACUACAAGAUAAUGUUGUGCCCUUUGUUGUCUACAGGUUGAUAAAAAUUAAAGAGUGGGUGGACAAGCACGACCCGGGUGCUUUGGUCAUUCCUUUUAGUGGGGCCUUGGAACUCAAGUUGCAAGAUAUGAGUGCUGAGGAGAAACAGAAGUAUCUGGAAGAGAACAUGACACAAAGUGCUUUACCAAAGAUCAUUAAGGCUGGAUAUGCAGCACUCCAACUAGAAUACUUUUUCACCGCAGGCCCAGAUGAAGUGCGUGCAUGGACCAUCAGGGUAAGAUUCAUACUUAUUCAUCAGCUAUAUCCAGUUCCACACUAUUGAAUUCAGAUUGAUAUC